UUUAUAAUUUCAUUGGUUAAGAGUAGAUGUGCUUGUGCUUGUGCUUGUGCAGUUGUGGGUUGCUCUCACUGCAACUUCUAGAAACUUUUUACCCACUUGCCAUGACAUGUCAGUCAAAAAUAACUUCUUGCUUUUUUCUUUUUCUAUGCUCCGAUUUUCUUGCAGGUGCAGGAUUCACACUAUAUAUAUACAUAUCAGAGAUAUAUUUGUGCUGAAUAGAAUGAUACACUUGUCCCACCCAAUUAUUUGGUUUGGAAAAUUGUGGUGCACACCAUAUGCUUGUGAAAUUGUGAAACCUUGAAACUUGUAUCAGCUUACUAUAUAUUAAUAAUAACUGAGACAAAGACUGCAUUAUAUUCAUAGGAAGAAAGAAACAAUGAGUGAUUCUGCAGUUUUAGAGUGUUUUAGGCCCUUUGUUGAGGCCAAAGCCUGGGACUUUGUGGUUAUUUGGAAAUAUGGGGAUGACCCUACUAGGUUCAUUGAGUGGUUGGGUUGUUGCUGUAGUGGAAGCUGUGGUGAAAGCAUUGAGGAUGCAAAAAAGCUCAAAGAUAAAGAAAUGAAUGAAAAAUAGAACGACAUGGAUUCUUCUUCCAUUUCCAUUUGCAAGGAUGCACAUUUUCAGCAUCCAAUUAGAACCAAGGCUUGUAAGGCUCUUUCUCAACUUCCUUUGCAAUGUCUCUCUAUUCUGGCAGGGGAAUGUGAAGAAUUAUUGAGGCUUGUCAAAAAGAAGCCAUACUCUCCUUCUGAAGGCAACGAUGCUUGUUUAAAAGCACUGGCAAAUAUGGCUGGGAAGAAAUUGUGGCCUCCAUUAGCAUUUGGUUCUUCAUUUACAUCAUGGUAUGAGCACUUGGGUAGAUGCAUUUGCUUUCUCUACCGCAGAAACCACAGGAUAUGGGAGUCUAUCCUCAAAUUUGUUUAAUUUAAUCCAGUAUUUUAGUCAUCUUAAUUAUGCAUAUUUUUUUCGUAAUAAUAUUUUGAGCAAUAAUGUUGUUGCUUAAUAAUGUUUAUCUUAGUGUGUUUAGGGAAUAUAUAAUAAUUAGUAUGUUAGUUACCUCAUUUUAUGUAUGAGAUGUAUGUGACACACUGUUAGAAAUUGGAGCCAAUCUAAAUGAAGAUAUUUAGAAUU